AGGAAGUUGGGCUAUUCCCAACUGCCAGUGAUCUCUGAAGCCGACUCUGAGGCUCCCUCUUUGCUCUAAUAGACAGCAGAGACUUUAGGCUGGAUAAUAGUCAAAUUCUUACCUCGCUCUUUCACUGCUAGUAAGAUCAGAUUGCGUUUCUUUCAGUUACUCUUCAAUCGCCAGUUUCUUGAUCUGUUUCUAAAAGAAGAAGUAGAGAAGAUAAAUCCUGUCUUCAAUACCUGGAAGGAAAAACAAAAUAACCUCAACUCCGUUUUGAAAAAAAACAUUCCAAGAACUUUCAUCAGAGAUUUUACUUAGGUGAUUUACACAAUGAAGAAAAUACACGCACUUUGGGCUUCCAUAUGCCUGCUGCUUAAUCUUGCCCCUGCGCCUCUUAAUGCUGAUUCUGAGGAAGAUGAAGAACACACAAUUAUCACAGGUACUGAGUUGCCACCACUGAAACUUAUGCAUUCAUUUUGUGCAUUCAAGGCGGAUGAUGGCCCAUGUAAAGCAAUCAUGAAAAGAUUUUUCUUCAAUAUUUUCACUCGACAGUGUGAAGAAUUUAUAUAUGGGGGAUGUGAAGGAAAUCAGAAUCGAUUUGAAAGUCUGGAAGAGUGCAAAAAAAUGUGUAUAAGAGAUAAUGCAAACAGGAUUAUGAAGACAACAUUGCAACAAGAAAAGCCAGAUUUCUGCUUUUUGGAAGAAGAUCCUGGAAUAUGUCGAGGUUAUAUUACCAGGUAUUUUUAUAACAAUCAGACAAAACAGUGUGAACGUUUCAAGUAUGGUGGAUGCCUGGGCAAUAUGAACAAUUUUGAGACACUGGAAGAAUGCAAGAACACCUGUGAAGAUGGUCCAAAUGGUUUCCAGGUGGAUAAUUAUGGAACCCAGCUCAGUGCUGUGAAUAACUCACUGACUCCACAAUCAACCAAGGUUCCCAGCCUUUUUGAAUUUCACGGUCCCUCAUGGUGUCUCACUCCAGCAGACAGAGGAUUGUGUCGUGCCAAUGAGAACAGAUUCUACUACAAUUCAGUCAUUGGGAAAUGCCGCCCAUUUAAGUACAGUGGAUGUGGGGGAAAUGAAAACAAUUUUACUUCCAAACAAGAAUGUCUGAGGGCAUGUAAAAAAGGUUUCAUCCAAAGAAUAUCAAAAGGAGGCCUAAUUAAAACCAAAAGAAAAAGAAAGAAGCAGAGAGUGAAAAUAGUAUAUGAAGAAAUUUUUGUUAAAAAUAUGUGAAUUUGUUAUAGCAAUAUAACAUUAAUUCUACUAAAUAUUUUAUAUGAAAUGUUUCACUAUGAUUUUUGAUUUUUCUUCUAUUAAAAUGCUUUUAAUUAAUAUGUUCAUUAAAUUUUCUAUGCUUAUUGUACUUGUUAUCAAC